CACAAACCCACAGAAUCAGCAAACACCUCCUGUUUUGAGUGCUUGGUUUUGGUUCUAAGUGCAGACAUGCUCCUGAAAAACGGAUUCGUUUUACUCCUCGUUUUGGUUGCGUCUGUGUUUGGAACAGAUCAAGAACCUGCACAACCAAGACGAGCACGAUUCUCAGCCAACAGCCCUAGUGAGGUUGCCCGCUGUCUGAACGGAGCUCUGCAGGUGGGCUGCGCAACGUUCGCAUGUCUGGAGAACUCGACCUGCGACACUGACGGCAUGCAUGAGAUCUGUAACGCCUUCUUCCACACUGCUGCAAUUUUUAAUACUGAGGGUAAGACGUUUGUGAAAGACAGCAUCAAGUGCAUCGCCAACAGUAUCACCUCUAAGGUCUUCCAGACCAUCAAACGCUGUUCCACCUUCCAGAAGAUGAUUGCUGAAGUGCAGGAGGAAUGCUACAAGAAGCUUGACAUCUGCGAGGUGGCCAGAUCCAACCCUGAGGCCAUCGGAGACGUGGUCCAGGUGCCCAGCCACUUCCCAAACAGGUACUACAGCACACUUCUGCAGAGCUUGAUGGAGUGCGACGAAGACACCGUGGAGGUGGUGCGAGCCGGGCUGGUGGCCAGACUGGGACCUGAUAUGGCCACACUCUUCCAGCUGCUUCAAAACAAGCCCUGCCCACCCGAACCUGCUGCCGCCGGGUCUUCUGGGAUGGAGGGCCACACCGGCUUCCGCUGGCCUCCCAUGUUCAAGAUCCAGCCCAACCUGCGCAACAGGGACCCCACGCACCUCUUCGCCAGGAAACGCUCAGUUGAAGGGAGCUCUUAGAGUCGCAUGUUCACAACUCUCCAUAUGCAACAUGUAUUACGCUGAUGUGUAUAAAUGGAAGAUUGCAUAAAAAAAAUUUGUUUUAUAACCGGACACAAUGGAAAUCUUUGCUUAGUUCACAAAAACCAACAACUACUUGAUUCUUUAAUUGCAUUACAUUCAAUAUACAUGCCAAUGUCAUUUAUAGCAGAAAACAUGUUUUAGACUCUUAAUAUUUAUUGCAUGGUUUAUGGCCUAAUGCAAGAGAUGCUAAAUUGUGAUGCUAAAUUGUUUGAAAAAAGGAAACCUGUCACCUUAAUCAACUUGUAGUGGCAGGACAGAAGUAUUUAUUAGUGUACACUGAAAAUAAUUUAUAUUUAUUUUUCCUACCAAAUGUAAUUUAUAUAGUAUAUUAUUGUUUAUUGUGAUCUGAAAUGACAAUGAAGAGUCUUUAUUCUUUAAGAGAGAGAAAACGACAUAUUUCUGGAUGUGUUUCAGAUAUGUUUCCUAUGCUGGUCAUGGGAAAUAUUAUAUAGGGCAUACUUUGUUCAUGUUGCUGAUAUUGUAUAGUUGAUGUGCUUGGAUAGAAAUAAA